CUCAAAUCUGACGCCUCUCGCGGUUAUGCCGUAGACAUGAAGCCAGCCUGGGACUGUGGUGGCGGGGUGAAUGCGGGACUGCUGUGACCGACAGAGGCAGGAUGUACUGGGCUGCGGGGUUCGCCUCUAGCCGGCCGUGUGUGGUGGAGCUCGGGCGGAACCACAGCCUGCCUCUCGGGCUGUGUGGCCCCGAGCAGCAGCAGUCUCUGUAUGGAUACAUCAUCACCUUCCCUUUACAGGACUAUGGGGGGAUCAUGUCCGCUCUGGGAUCCGAGUCCUGGUGGAAGAAGACUCUGUACAUCACAGGGGGAGCCCUGCUGGCUGCGGCUGCCUAUCUCCUGCACGAGCUCCUGGCCAUCAGGAAGGAGCAGGAGCUGGACUCUAAAGAUGCCAUCAUACUCCAUCAGUUCUCAAGGCCAAAGAAUGGCGUGCCCAGCCUCUCACCUUUCUGCCUCAAAAUAGAGACAUAUCUGCGAAUGGUGGAUCUGCCGUACCAGAACUACUUUGAUGGGAAACUGUCGCCACAAGGAAAGAUGCCUUGGAUAGAGUACAACCAUGAGCAGGUCUCAGGGUCAGAAUUUAUCAUAGAUUUUCUGGAAGAAAAGUUUGGCAUCAAUCUCAACAAGAACCUCACACUGGAAGAGAGAGCUGUCUCCAGAGCUAUCACCAUAAUGGUCGAGGAACACCUGUAUUGGACAAUAGCAUACUGUCAGUGGGUGGAUAACCUGGAGGAAACACAAAAGCUGCUCUCCAUGAGUGGCCCUCUCAGCGACACUCUAAAAUGGCUCCUGAGUCACCUGAACGGCAGCAUGGUCCGCAGGGAAAUGUACGGUCAUGGGAUAGGACGCUUUUCCAAAGAGGAGGUGUACUCACUAAUGGAGAAAGACUUACGGACAUUGGCCACUCUUCUUGGAGAUAAAAAGUACUUUAUGGGCUCCAAGGUUUCAACAUUAGAUGCCACAGUGUUUGGACAUUUAGCUCAGGCAAUGUGGACAUUACCAGGGACUAGACCAGAGCAGCUCAUUAAAGGUGAGCUCAUAAACCUGGCCAUGUUUUGCGAGAGAAUGAGGAGAAAGUUUUGGCCCGAGUGGUUCAUGGAGGUGGAGGAUCUUUAUUACCAUGGAGACAGUGAUGGCAGUGGGGGCUACACUCCGAUGGGCCUGCUAGACCUGGGUCUCUUCUCCAGAACUGACACAAUGGACGAUAGUGACAGCAGUGCCCAUUCAGAGGAGCAGUCCAACAAACAUUCUCAAGAUUCAGACCACUCACUUUUCGACUCAGAUGUCGGUACCGCAUCUGACAAUGACAUUCAGCUUAAAGAGGAUGCAAUGCCCGAUCUGGAGGUGUAACACAUUCUAGACUUCUAAAGGUUGGAGCACUUCCCAAUGUGGAUGUU